GGGAAACCCAGCAGGAGCAUCCAGGUGUGAAGAGGAAGGAGAGGCCUGACCUUCAGCAUCCCAGGGCCACGUUUGCCAGGCUUUCACAAUGGUCUCAAAGAAAGUGGUGGCUAGUUUGCUCCUGGUGUACGUGGUGUCUAUGCUGGCUGAGCAGACUGAAGGCUACCUGCCCUUCUUCACCCAGAGCGACUUCCAGAAAAUGCAGGAAAAGGAGAGGAACAAGGGGCAGAAGAAAUCCCUGACCUCACUGCAGCAGCUGGAAGAGCAAGACUUCCCUGAAGAAUCCAGAGCAGAAGAUGUCAGCAAGGUCAAGACCAUCCAGCUAGUUGUUCCUGCCAAAGCUAGGAUGUGGCUUACCACAAGGCAGCUGGAAAAAUACCAAGAUGUCCUGGAGAAACUGCUAGCAGAGAUGUUACAGGACACCCCAGAUGCUUACUGAUAUCUGCAGAAUCAGAAGAGAAAGCGAUGCAGCUUGCUAAAGCUAAAGGCCUCCACUUAUGUAAACGAAAUCUGUAAAAGAGAUUAACAACAAAAUCUGAGGUGAGAUAAUAAAAU